UUCGGCAUUGCCCCCAGUCUGGCGUGCGCUGCAGUGCAUUCGUCGUUACCGCGAUACUAAGAACGUAUUCCCGCAUCUGGUCAACGGUGGCAAGUACGGCAUGACAAUCAUGUCGGCUGUAACCCUAUCGAUGUACCGCAUGAGGUCCACGGAUUCAAAUCUCGGGCUCUUCGUCACCUUUUCCAUUAUGAACAGCAUAUAUACUUCAAUAUGGGACUUGUUUAUGGACUUUUCCUUCUUCCAGCCCAAUACGCGACACCGGUUCCUCCGUGACAUCCUGGGGCUCAAAAGUCGGUGGCUAUAUUACGGUAUCAUGGUGCUUGAUCCAAUACUACGUUUUAGUUGGAUCUUCUACGCCAUUUUCGCCCACAACAAGCAGCACAGUACCAUCGUCUCAUUUCUCGUCGCCUUGGCCGAGGUCACACGUCGCGGCAUGUGGGCCUUGUUCCGCGUCGAGAAUGAGCAUUGUGGCAACGUUGCUCAGUACAAGGCCAGCCGCGACGUGCCCCUACCCUACCCCUUGGUGCCUCAUGAACCCCUCGUUGAGCGUCCCAGCAGCGAGGAAGAAGACCAAAAUCGCAUCGUCAGAACGGCAACACAGUUAAAGCAAGCUCCUGUACUGCCUAUCGAGGGAGCUACAGCUAGUGCGAUUGACGUAAGCACAGUAGGUGCCUCAGCGCUUGGCCGCGAACAGACUAGAACGCAGAUACAGACCCCAGCACAGGAACAGGCAGAGGCAGAGGGGAGCGGAAUGCGGUGGCGCAGACAGCCCGGGGUACCACGUGGGUGGUCAAUUCGUGGUAUUAUGGCCAACGCGCACAAACAGGACUUCCAGAAGCGACGGAGACCACUGGAGUCUACAUCUUCGCAAGACGUUAGUGAAUUAGGAGUAGAAGAGAGGGGGUUGCAGAGUGAGGAGGAAGACGAUGAUGAUGACGACGACACGGGAAGUAUGCUUGAUGAGCGCAUGGAGGCCCGCCGGGCGGAGGGCUUGAAUAAGUCGGAGAUGAGUGACGAGAGCGUGUAAGGUAGUUGCUUAAGUUGUAUUUGAGCGUGAGAUUCUUUGUCUAGCGUUACUUGGGUUAGAAGGGAAGUGAGGUAUAAAUGUUGCAUGAGUUGACUGGUUAGAUAAAAUAGGAGGUUGGAUCUAGCUCGAAAGGUCGCAUUAUCCGCCCUGUUCUCUUUACGGCGGUCAUAUCGAUUGUAGACUUACAUUACUGUAUAAAGGAAGCGGUAUGUUCGCAUUAUAAUAUUUAUUCAUAUACUUUAGGUACCUGAGUUAGCAUAUUGAUUUCAAGUUGUAAUGAGGGUUGGUUUAUUGGAAAGGUCGUGAGCUUAAG